AUGUUUUCAAGCUUGACUACAAAGCUAGCGAUGAAGAAGGUCGGGCUGUCGAGCGACGCCUUUGACUUCUCUUCGCCUAAAUCAGGUAGUAAAUCCAGCGAUGGUUCGGUGCCAGGACUUGAUGAAUUAGAAGGUUCUAAUUCAAGUUGGUCGGGCUGGAUGAGUACCAAAAAGCUUCCACUUACUGCCCAAGCCUGGUUAUCACCAGCUCCUCCGCCGGUCCCCAUUGCUGAAUUCCCCAAACCGGGCGAUUUGGCUCCUAUCGAUAGAGACAGCCAGCUUUCCUUCGGUAGCGGAAAGCCGACCAUCGUCCUCUUCCUCCGCUGUGUAGGAUGCGCCUUUGCGCAGAAGUCCUUCCUAGCCCUCCGAGAACUUGCCAUAAAGAAACAAGGCAAACUUAACUGUAUAGCUGUAUCACACUCUUCACGAGACGCAACACGCAAAUGGAUCGACCUACUGGGCGGCGCGUGGAACGUUAAGGUAGUCAUUGACGAAGACCGCGCCAUCUACGCCGCGUGGGGGUUAGGGCUCGGAAAUAUGUGGUACAUGUUUAACCCCACCACGCAAAUACAGGGCUGGAAGGAGAAGGGUUGGCUGGGGAUAAAAGUGGCCAACUCUAUUCAGCGGACGAGCAGUCUCAGACAAGGCAAUCCUCCUAAGGCAGAGCCGACAGAGGAAAACGAGGGGCCGUCAACAGUCUUGGGGAAUAAGUGGCAGGAGUCUGGUCUGUUUGCUAUCGACGCACAAGGAGUGGUGAUAUGGGCCACGAAAGCACUCCGCGCAGACGAUAUGAUGGAUCUGACUGCCGCAGCGACGGCGAUCGGGAUCCAACCAGCAGACUAG